UGACGAGAGCACACAGGGCAGCAUGAUGGGUCCUGGCGUUUCGGCCAAGAAGCGGCACGGCGGCGCGGGGUUCACGCUCGGCUGCGGCUGCAAGGACGCGAAGAGCGUGUCCGUCUCGACGUCGGCCACGGGGACACCGUCGACGAUGGCGACUCGGCGCAGGAGCGCCGGGACGAACCCGUCGGGGUCGACGACGACGACGGACACUCUUACCAUGACGUCUGCGUCGUCGUCGUUCCUCUGGGAGCACUCCGUGGUGGAGUUCGACCACGACGACGGCGACUGCGGGCCGGAGAGCUUCUCCGGCCUGCUGCGCGAGCUCAACCAGCUGGAGCAGAGCGUCGCGUCGUGGGGGCGGAAGAGCCACCACCAUGACGUCAAGAAACACUCGCCACCGCCGCCACCGGAGGACAGGAAGAAGGUGAAGAACUGCGAGGCCACGGACAAACUAGGAGACUGCGGCGGCGACGGCGUCGGGUCGGGGCUCGACGGCAGCGUGGCGGUGGUGAAGCAGUCCGACGACCCGCUCGGCGACUUCCGGCAGUCGAUGCUGCAGAUGAUCGUGGAGAACGGGAUCGUCGCCGGGGAGGACCUGCGCGAGAUGCUCCGCCGCUUCCUCGCCCUCAACGCGCCGCACCACCACGACGUCAUCCUCCGCGCCUUCGCCGAGAUCUGGGACGGCGUGUUCGCGGCUGCCUCAGGCCUUGAGCCGGUGGCGGCAAGGACGCCUCCGCGCCACCGCCGCCCGACACCACCGGCGUGGCGCGUGUAAUCGUCGUGAACGUACAAACGUGUUCGAUCGUGCACGUACGCUCGCACGUUGUAAUCACCCGCGAAGUGCGCGCGUUGCUCCAUACACACAGAUGCUAGUGUACCGCUUGUGAUUUACUAGCUACCGGUUGGAUAUUAGCGCGG